AUGGCUAAGACAGCUAGCGCGAUGUUGUUCCUAUACUUGCUCCUAUCGCGGUGCCUUCUCUCACAUGCGUUUCAAGAAUUUAUCACCAAGUUCCCCAUGCCGAUGAUGUACAACUUCCCAUCCUGCUCGUCAACGAUUCCUUCGACAUGUCGGAAUGAGACCGCUAUCGCUGACACAUGUUGCUUCGAGUAUCCCGGAGGUCUUAUCCUUCAUUCGCAAUUCUGGAAUGCACCUUAUAGGAAGCGCUCGUAUCGCGACUUUGGCCCUGAUGAUUCUUUUACCAUCCAUGGCCUGUGGAACGACAGAUGUGACGGGAGCUGGGACCAGUUCUGUCGGAGAGGCUCUUCAAUACGGUCUGUCGUCGACAUAUUAAGCAAGGACUCAUUAAACCGCGGGGGCCUGCCCAUUACGGGAAAGGCUCUGCUGAGGCAGAUGAGUAUGUACUGGAAGGGAGACCGCGGCGACGAAAACCUUUGGGUGCACGAGUACAACAAGCAUGGCCUUUGUCUGAAUACACUGCGUCCGGAAUGUUAUCAGCGGUGGGGCUCCGUGGCGUCGGCCGAAGAUCAAGCUAUCUACGACUACUUCCGAAUCGCGAUGAACUUGCACUUGAAAAUUGACGCUUACCACGCACUCUCUCGACAGGGCAUAAAGCCCAGAUGCGACGCUCCGUACGAUGCUGUCCGCAUGCAAAACGCCCUAGCCGAUGACUUCGGCAGAGAGGUACAAAUGCAGUGCACUGGUAAUCGGCUGACCGGUGUCACCUACUACUAUCUACUGAGGGGCGGUAUCUUGUCCGAAAACUUCCAGCCCGUCGACCCUACGCAGAGUUCUUCGUGCCGCGGUAAGAUUUAUUGGAUACCGAAAAGUGGGUGCUAG